ACAGAAAUCUGAUGAGACUGCCGAAGCGACCAGACCACCAGAUACCAGAUGAAGUUUGUUGCUGCGAGAUGCAAAACAACAUGCACAAGAGGGAAGCUGCUGGUGGUGCAGUGCUGUGAUCUAAUGCCAGCUGACUCCACUGAGAAACGAUUCUUCCUUGAGUUCCCUUAUGACAAUACAGCAACAGACCAAAUGAAAGGCAAAUGCAAUAUUAAAAUGGCAACGAAAUGAGUUAGAGGAAAUUAAAUGACCGCAGGGGUUGGUGCAAGCUCGACGAGUGCUAUUUGUGAUGUGGAGCAAGAGAGCUCAGAGCUGCAGGCUGCCCAUGGACAAGGAAGCCAGGAGAGUAAAUAGAUGAGAUUUUGGGCAGUUUGGAAGGGAGGUGAUUAAGAAGAGAGUUUUGUUGCCAUGGUGGUUCACAGGCAUAAGCGAGGCAAGAUUUGUCAUCGGGGUUGGCAUGCAUUUUAUUACCCCAAGGAUAACUGGAAAAGUAAAUUUGUUUUUGUAAGCAAGUGCUUUUCCUGGUAAAAAAUACAAAACUCAAAGCUAAAUACCAGCUGAGAAAUGAGUUUAGGAAAGGACAAAAUGUUUCUCUGGGUGGCACGAGCAACACCUGAGCUUGAGCUCAGGAUGGGCUGCCCUGGGCUGGGAUCCCAACCCACAUCGGUGCCGGUGCUUCCACACCUCAGGGCAGCACUGAGGUCCCUGUAAGAUCACAGAGGGCUUCCUCGGCCUCUUCUGUCUGGAAUUGGGAUGCCCGGGGAGGGGCUUAGCCUUUCCAGCUCUCCCACACCUUCAGGAGUGAAUUCCCAACUGCUCAGGUCUUUGGGAUGAGCUUAUUCAACAGCCCAAGAGCCUUGGCAUCAGCGGCAGCGUGCACCCUUCUCUCCAGCAGCACAGGGCACGUCGUGCUGAGCUUGGCUCUGCUGGAGGUUUCUCUGAGGUCACUGAUGGAAAAUCACCUCUCGCAGCCGUGGGCUGAGGUUUCUGCCUCAGGCUGCGGCAUCUCUUGUGCUGGAGGGAGCUGUUUGUCACCCAGGGAAACCACAGGCUCUGCAAGGAGGCAGCUUCACGCUGCUGACCCCAGCCCCUGCCCUGACGCACGCUGCACACCCAGACCUGGACACGCUCCUUGGUGCAAGGUGAUGGACUCAACCUCUUCUUGGUGCCAGAUGCUGCUGCGAGGAGGAACUUGGUUGUGACAGCAACUGCUGCUGUGUCCAGGAGGGAUCUUCAGACCCUUGUCCAGCCUCAACCUCUGAGUGCUGGAGUCUGCUCCCGCUCUCAUGUGCUGCCCAUCCCUCCCUCUCACCCAGCGCAGAGCCCAUGCGGUGAUGGCAGCGCCUUGAGUGCCCUCAGGGAGCUUUUCGUGUGCCGCAGUCCCCAAGGGGCACCAGCAGCUAAACAGUGUGAGUGAAGAAGAGAAAACCCCGCUCGUGUGUGUGUGUGCACGUCACAGGAAGCAGCAGCAGCCGCAGCCCCUGCUCCAGCUCCUCGCACCCCUCACACGGCAGCACUGCUGGGAGCACCCAACACCCAGCCCUAGGGACCAGGGCAGACCAAGGGGAUCCCGCAAGGUCCCACAAGGGGGGACCCACUGUGCCAGAGGGACCCUGCAACUGCAGCCUGGGAGCCUGAGCACCCACCAUGGAGGGAGAGCAGAGCCCAGCCGAUGUCUGCCUGGCCCUGAUGGCUCCUGCAGGAUGGUGACAGCAAGAGGCAGCCGGCAGCAGCCGAGGGCCGGGGGUUGAGCCGCGGGAUGGGGAGCAGGCCCAGCCGGGAGAGGCUGCUCAGCACCACCACAGCGGCCUCCGACACCGCGCAGCCCCCGCUGCCCGCACAGGCAGCGCCCGGAGGCUUCCAGGCUCUGGCCCUCUGCGACUUCCCCUCUGGCUCAGGAGCCGUCCUGAGGAUGGGGGAGCAGCUCCGCGUCCUCUCCGAGGACGGGGACUGGUGGCUGGUGGCAUCAGAGGUGUCCGGUAAGGAAUGCCACAUCCCCAGCAGCUGCGUGGCCAGGGUCAGGCACAGGUGGCUGUACGAGGGCAUCAGCCGGCAGAAGGCGGAGGAGCUGCUGCUCCGGCCGGGCAACCGCAGCGGGUCCUUCCUGAUACGGGAGAGCCAGACCAGGCGAGGCUGCUACUCGCUGUCAGUGCGGCGCUGCGAGCGGGGCUGCUGGGACGUGGUGACACACUAUCGCAUCCACCGCCUGGACAACGGCUGGCUCUACAUCGCGCCCCGGCUCACCUUCCCCAGCCUGCACAGCCUCGUGGAGCACUACUCCGAGUUCGGAGAGGGGCUGUGCUGUGCCCUUGGAGAGCCCUGCUCCAUGGAAGGGGUGAGCGUGGCCCCGGUCCCCGCCAUGCCCGCUGUUGUGAAGAAGCCAUCACUCAACUGGGACAAGAUCGACAGCUCCCUCCUGUUGUCGGACACCACGUCCCCUCCUGAGGACUCUCCCAUCAGCCUGGGCCUGCGGGAAGCCAUCAGCUCCUACCUCCUCCUGACAGGAACGGCCAUCCCUGAGCAGGGCACCGCGGGGAAGGGGGAGAAGAACUGCUGAGGGCAGGGACCCGCUUGGCCACAGCCCCAUGGUGGACACCCGGCCUCGUUUGCCUGGUUUCAGCCAUGAUUGCUCACUCAUGCUGUGGGAGAUGGGACAGGGAACAGCUGAGACCAAGGUGGGGACCUGACAGGCACUGAUGCUGGAGGAAGGGGCUGCCCGAGGGCUUGUGCUCCCCAGAGCCGGGCACUUUGCGAUGUGAUGUGUGAGCAGCCCCAGCACCUCCUGCCAUGGCGCCGGGUGAAGGCAGAGGCUGAUCACAGAAGGAGUCACUUCAAUGAAGCCACAUCCGCGCUCCCGCAGCAGCAGGGAAAGAGGAUGUAAAUGUCCCAAAGCCUGGCCGGGGUGUGGGAACAGACCCCUCGAGCUCAUGGACAGACUGAUUUGGGGUGAGGUGUCUGCAGGACAGAACCCUCGUGCUCUCACCCACCCCAAACUCACGCUCUGCCUGCUGGGACCAGCCAACAGCAGCCGGGAGGAGACUGGCCUCUUCCUGCACCUGAAGUAGCUGAUCUCUAAACCUUGUAACACAUGGAUUGCACUGGGCUCAAGGGCCAUAAACCAGCAUCCUGCUGGAAACGCAGCAACCGCCAUUUAUCACGUCUUAAUUAAAGGGCAUCUUGUUCACA